AUGAUCGGAGGAAUGAAUUGUGGAUUCAUGAGGGAAUAUCAAGUUAAAUAUGGCAUAACAUCUCAUGUUUGCAUUACAUUUUUCGCUUUCAUUUUUUGUAUGCAAGUACCUGCAUUGCUGACUUGUUUCAUGUAUCGCCAUCAAGCUGCUGCAAAAUGUAGUCCUGAUAAAACAUGGAGUUUAUCGAAAUUCCAAUGUGCAUCCGUCCUUUUUGUAUACCACAUGUUCCCCUUGCUUAUUGCAUUUUCCCUUUAUCAUUCUGGACUUUCCAUGGACGAAAAGAAGAUGUCACUUGAAUUUAAUUAUCCUGACUGUCUUCCAUCUCUCCAAGAUUUCACUUUUGAUUUUUAUGACUACAAACUGAAUCCCACGUUUGUCGCAUUCGGAAUUCUUAUAUCGGUUUUUUAUGUGAUGGCUGGAGUCGUUGGUAUUGGAUUGGCAUGGAGAACCGGACAAGUACUGAAUCGUUACCGGUAUAUCAUGUCAGCAAAAACAUAUCAAUUGCACAAAUCCUCCCUUAUUACAUUGACAGCGCAGGUGACCGGUCCAGUUCUUGUUCUUGGGGUUCCUGUGUUUGCAGUGUACGUAGUUGUGGCUAGUCAAAUGGCAAAACUCCAUGGUCUUGCCGCUACUGCCCCAUUCUUCAUUUGCAUGCAUUCUGCGGUGACGACCGGAUGUCUGAUUAUUAACACACCCAUCUAUAAAACCUUCAUCGUACAACAAUAUGAAGCAGUAAAAGAAAAGUUAUUGUGUAAGAAAACGCCAGUGUCGACAGCAGCAACAAGUCCUGUGGGAAUGAUGAGACCGAUUCCCAGUGCUGUUCACACAUUUUUCUGA